AUGCCAACCCUAGUGAACCAUUACCGAGACUAUUCUCUUCCUCUUCGUGAUCCGAUAACUACUCCCUCACGCGCUAUUUCCCCUGUCCCUCCCCCAACGACUGAUCCGCCUACCCUGCAUACUACCUUUACGGGGUCAGUCGUCGGUUCUAUCUCCCGCCGCAAUCGUCGUUCCUUUGCCGCUUUGGCUUCCAAGACUUCCAGUGCCUUUGCUAGUUUGUCCACUAUCAACCAAAAUACUCCAUUGCGACCUUCGCCCUCGGCCAGCAGUUUGUCCAGAUUAUCAAGGCUUCCGAGCGCGACCGUCAACCCCUUGACCCCGCCAUUGUCAGACGGAGAUCCUAAUCCACUGCUGGAUUUAGCGCGCUCAGAAUCCCCGGCAUUGGCCGACCUGAACCCUUCUCAUAAACGCCGCUUAACUCUGCAGCGCAUUCCGACUCCUCCACAAGAAAUCCGCCAUUUCCCGGCCACUGUGCCCGCACCAUCCAAGAUGCACCAGACAUCAUCGCGGUUGUUGCGCAUGACCGAAGAUGAGCGCCCUUUCACCAAGGAUUUUAUGGACUUGUUCUCCACCUUGAUGGUCAGUUUGAAGUUGGACAGCCACCGGGUUCGUUUCACCAGAUAUGACCACACCUUUACCUCGGAAGAGGCGAUCAACAACUUGGGCUCGCUCAAGUUCUCCCAAUCGAACCGCAUGCCCGACCCCAAGGACCCCUCCCGCAUCGUUACCACCACAACCACCACCACUUUCUCUAUGGCCAAAGAAAUGGCCCGCUCGGUCUGCCAGCGAUUCGUUGACGCCCGGUUCAUCGAGCCCGUGGAUGGAAAGGCCUUACCGAUUUUCCCUCUGAAGGGUGCUUUGUUCCAGCUCACACCGAAGGGUAUUAACAUCCUGCAGCGCUUCUGCCAGCGGAACGGAAUCACUGCUCGUCACGUGAUGGAUGUGUUGGAGUCCCCGCGCAACACUAUGCAAUUGGUGAACCUGGAGCGAGACACCGAAUCGGAUAAAUUGUCGCACGACCGCGCAACUAUCGAAGUCAUUUUCCGUCGAUUUGCCGGUCAGGAUGGACCCAACAUUAAGAGCAGCAUUUCUACUUCCGAUUCCGACUCAUUAAGCGACUACACCAAUGGCUUGGUGGGAGUGAAGAUGGCCCGGGAGCGGAAGUUGCAGGAUGGAAAGAUCUACACCAACACAUUUACCGGCAAAGGAGCUGUGGAUUGGUUGAUGGAUUGCUCCACCACUAUUGAGCGCCGGGAAACAUGUUUGAUUGCCGAGUUAUUCCUCAAGUAUGGCCUUAUCACCAUGAUCCAGGACGACAAGGCUUUCCCCGACUCGAACGCGGUGUUCCAGCCUUCCAAGUACUCCAUCUACUGCAUUACCGAUCGUGGCCAGCGUGUAUGCGGAUGGAUUGCCCGCGACAAGAACCGCGACAACAACGCUAACACUACCUACGACAACCGCGGCAUGCCCCGCGAUUCUAACAACGCUCGCCUUACCCAUAUUCUCGGAGACCCCGCACUUCGUCUGUUGUUCCGCGAGUUCUUGCGCUAUUCCCUCUGCGAAGAGAACCUAUCUUUCUACCUCGAUGUGUCCGAAUUCACCGCCAACUACCACAAGUCCGAGAAGGCCGGCGUAUUCAACAAGGUGGACUCUGUCCGGGAAACUUUGGCUGCUGCCUAUGGCUUGUACAACGCGUUCCUGGCUCCUGGAUCCCCUUGCGAGUUGAACAUUGACCACGCUCUCCGCAACAGCUUGGCCAGCCGUAUGACUAAGGCCGUGGGAGACGAUGAAUCCAUGUUCAAGAGUCUCCAAGAGGUUGUCCACCUUUUCGAACUUGCUCAGACCUCCGUCUUCAAGUUGAUGUCAAGCGACUCGGUUCCAAAAUUCCUCCGUGACCCCAAGUACUCCGUCGUCCUGCAGGAGCACGACGUCGACAUCUUCGGCGGUUCUCGCUCGUACUCACCGACCCCCGGUGGCCCGGAACGGACCAUGAGCCGUUCCGCGCGGACAUGA